GAGAUCUUACCCCACCGAAGCGCCCAUGUACUUUGCAAGGUCAUGGCGCCUCGUUUAAAAGCAGAAACGCAUAUCGUGCCUCUUACAGUGUCGACAGAAUGGUCAUCAAGAUCGCUGCUUUCCUCUUCGUCUGCGCCGCCCUCGUUAGUGGCCUGCCCCAAGGGGGGAAACCGGGCCCCUUCAAGGCGCGGACCAGCUCCGUGCCCAACCGCGCCAACGCCUUCCAGCGGAUGGUGGUUCCCCAGCAGCCCAGGCGCAACGUGAGCGGCACGAAGAGGGUUGAGGGCUGUGGCGUCGCUCCCUUGGCGCCGAGCAAGGAAUCCAGACUAUACGGCGGCCGAGAUGCAGUCCCUCACGAAUACCCUUGGAAUGUGGUGGUGUGGAUGGACCAUUCCUGGUGGUGCGGCGGGGUCCUGAUCUCCGACGAGUGGGUUAUGACGAGCGGAGGCUGUGUGCAAGGGUCCGGCCUCCUCCAGGUACUGUUCGGGGCCCACAACCGCGACCAGUGGGAGGAGUCUCAGGUCACUUACGAGACUGACGAGUAUUACGUCCACGAGGACCUCGAUUUCCCCGAGGUUUUCGAUAACGAUAUUGCUGUCAUCAAACUCCGUCAGCCGAUCGGGUUCAAUGACUACAUCCAGCCUGUGUGUCUACCAAGCUACACGGAUGCCGCUGACGCUGCUAAUUUUGUUAAUAUGGAUGUGACCGCCACGGGAUGGGGAGCUGACACCCACGGUUACCAUCACGCGCUGCAGUACUUAAACCUGAAGACUAUUUCGACCCAGCAGUGCAUUGACGUCUAUGGAGAAGUUAUUACCGACCUUUAUCUCUGCACUUCGGGCGACAGGGGUAUUGGCGCAUGCAACGGUGACACAGGCAGUCCUCUGAACUACGUGAAGGACGGAAUCACGUACACCCGUGGCAUCGCUGUGUUCUGGUCCGGUGCCGGCUGUGGUGCUGGGGACCCGACCGGUUUCACUAGCAUCUCGAAGCACCUGGAUUGGAUCUCGGAGAAGACUGGCAUCGCUAUCGACCCUUGAGGCUAAACACGAAGGAACACGUGGGGAUCUAGGUGAUCUAGAAGAGGAAGGGAGGAUGGAAGGAAUAAAAGAAGUGAUAUGUUAAUGUAGUUGAUGUUUAUACUUGGAAGGUGAAUAAAGUCAUUUGAAAAUUCA